GCGGUUGGCGGGGCGCGAGGCGGGCGCGCUGCUGCUGCUGCUGCUGAUGCUGCUGCUGAGGCGGGCGGCACCGCGCGCCCCCCUUGCGCCCGCCGCCUGAGGUGUUUUUGAGGUGCUUCUGAGGUGUUUCUCGUCAUGGAUGAGGUCGUCGCCGAGUACAUCCGCAGGACCGUGCUGAAAAUCCCCCGCGAUGACAUCCUGGGCGUGCUGCGGCAGUGGGGCUUCCUGUCCGACACCCAGCUGGGCGCUAUAAACCUCCGGCAGACCAAGGAGAGCAUUUCUCAGGAGGUGGUGCGGCUCUGUGAGGAAAGUUCUGCAGACCUAAAGCAAGCAGCCAUUCUGGACAUAAUUUACAACAACAUCUAUCCAAACAAAAGAAUGUGGAGUGUUUACCAGAUGAAAAAAACAGGGGAAGAAACGGACUUGUUUGACUUUUCAAAUUUCAAAAAGAAGUUUAAGGGACGACUUCAGUCAGCUUUGAAAAAUGUCACCAUCAGUUUUCGAGAAUAUGAGGACAAUGCAAUCUGGAUUAGAAUUGCCUGGGGAACACCAUAUACAAAACCAAACCAGUACAAAACCAGCUACGUUGUAUACCAUUCACAGACUCCCUACGUCUUCAUUUCUGUCUCUAUGCUUAAGAGCAACUUACCUCUGCUAUGUCAGGCACUGGUUGUUGCUUCCAAUUACCAUGACAUCCGUGAAAUGGAGCUUCGAAGUCAUUGUUUAAACUCCCUUAAAGAUAUUGUGUUUAAGAGAUAUAGCCAGAACUUCCAGACCCACUAUCCAAAACAACAAAAGAACGUACCCACGGAAAAUGUGGAUGUAAGGAUAAUUCAAGAAGACAAAAGUGAGAAAGAAAGAAUACAGAGAGUGAAUCAGGAAGUUUUUGGUGAUGGUCCCCAACCCAAACUUGAAUUUGCACAAUAUAAGCUUGAGACAAUGUUUAAAAGUGAUCCUAACAUGGAUGUUUUGGAGAGAAGAGAGCCAUUCAGAUGUCUGGUCAAGUUUUCUAGCCCAGAUCUAUUAGAAUCACUGAAAUCCUUGGCGCCAGCAGGUAUGGCUGAUGCCCCUCUUUCGCCACUACUCACAUGCAUACCACAAAAAGCUAGGAAUUAUUUUAAAAUUAGAGAGAGGAAAGAUGUCCUUCCAGGAAGCUUUGUAAGCCCUUAAUUUAAAGAGAUUUUUUUUCAUAUUGAAAUACACAUUUUGUUUGUUACAGAUAUUAGUCUAAAUAAUAAACUUUUAAAAUUUUAAAAUCUUAAUUUAUUCUUUGAUAUUCCCUUAAAAGCUGUUUGUUUUUGGCUUUAGGCUAGCCGUUAAAAAACAAGAAGGCGGUAUUUGUGAAGUUCAAAUCAUGAUUAUUUUAAAUUUAAAUGUGAUGAAUGCUCUUACCUGUACUUGCUGUUAGAAGCUAAAGCCUAAUAGAGAUACAGUAAGAUGUGUGUAGUUGUUCAGUUUACUGUUGCAGGUAUAGAUGGCUAUGGUAGUGUAGGUGGCCUUCUUAUUUCUGCUGCAGUACAGCAAUGAAACUGAACAUAUGUGCCAUUUUAAAUAUGUGAACAAUCCCAUUGGAAUAAGUGGAACUACCAGUCUGCUUCGGGCCAGGCAUGUUUUUGUCUUAGUAAAUUAAAAUUAUGUUUAAAGACCAUUUGCUUUUAUUCACCAAGGGCAAUAGCUAAUAAUAAAUAUUUAAUUUAAAAAGUCUAGCUAUUGGUAUUAAUCUUAUGAAAUAUUAUCUUAGAGGAAUACAGUGGAAUUGGCAGUAAUUUUCUUUUGAGAUAUUCCGUGUUUAAGAGUGUGUUUUUCGUUCAAGACUUGAUCCUUCUGCAAUCUUUGCACACUCUUUUUGAGCAUGGGGCUGUAGGGAUUGCAGAACGGAGAUGGCCACAUUCAGUGAUGCAACCAACGGCUUUACAGCGGAGUUCUUGAGCUCUGAUAAACAGUAAUUUGUUAUAUAGAGAUCUUUGUAUGUAACCUGCUGUAUUAUUUCUAAUAUAAGAUAUAGCUUUGGUCUGAAGAUUCAGUAACAGUGUAUGAAUAUUUGUUUCUUAGUUCUGUUACCUGGAAGCUGAUUGCGCGGUUACUUUCUAUACAUGAAUUUCCAAUGCACUUCAGAUAUGUUGAUACAAAGAGACAGUCUCUCGAAAAACCUUCAUGGCAGAGUGUGACUGUUUUCAGAGGUUGCAUGGAAAUGUUGUGUUGUUUUUUUUUCAUUUUAAACUGUAAAUAAAUGUGUAAACUAAGUCCUCUCCUAAAA